AUGUCACAAUCAGUUUAUCAAGCCAAUGGGAAACCAUUAUCACAAACCGCCAUUUAUCAACAGAGGUUAAGGCAAGGCGUCUACCAGUCCCCUAGCAACGUAUCCGUCGGGGUGAACACCAAUGCUUCGGAUACAGCCGCGUUGUUGGCUGCAUCGUCAGAUUUGACCGUUAAACCAUCGUAUGAAAGGACAAUUGCACAGGACGCCCACACCGCAGCGCUCCUGGCGAAGAGGGAUGAGGCCAGUAUUUUGACCCGAGACAACGAGGCCAGGACAGCCACUAUGAAGAGUGUGGGUAGCGGAUACACUGGAGUCACGGGAGCAGUAAACGGAGGCUCCAUUUACAAGGUUGCGACCAAGAACUCGAGUGGUACUAUGACCUCGAGAUUGGACCCAGUCAAGGACUAUAGACACGGAUUGGGCUCCAAGAGUAGUGCUACUACUCUCAACAUUGGUAAAAUUAACCAGAUUGCCACGCAAAAAUCGACCAAGUCAUUGAACUCUAGAUUCAACCCAGACUUGGACUAUAGAUCGGGAUUAGCUGGCCACCACCGUCCGGCUGAAUUUUUGGACCAGGAAGAGGAAGAUUUGGCCGCCAGCGGUGCCACAGCUUCGUUGAAACACGGUGGUUCGACAUCGAACAGUGCUUCAUCGCAGGUUAGGUCAAAGUCCUUCAAGUCGACCGAUGUCGCUUAUGGCAACUUGUUGGCUGCUGCCAACGACAAGGCACAAGACCGUUUGAAAUCACUCAAUUCUUCUACUGGGAAGGAUUUCAAACAACAGGCCAGAGAAUACGCUGGUGCAUUAGCCAUUGCGCAAAAGAACAGUGAUGAAAGAAUGAAAAACAACAAGGCUGGUAUGGUUGACUUGGGAGGUGGUUUAACCAUGUCUCUUACUGACUUGGAUGCCAAGGCUGCAUUAGUGGUUGGCCCAGUUUUGUCUGAUAUUGAAAGCAAGGCUACGGCUCAAAGAGAAGCUGAUGAGCAAAGCAAAGCGAAGCACGCGAAAUUGGUUGGCCUUCACCAAAAGUCCAAACAGGAAGACCAGGCCCGUAAAGAAAGGGAAAGAAAGGAAAUCGAAAAGGAGAAGGGUACCAGAGUCACUGCCAAUGAAGAUAGAAAGAAGGGUGAAGAGAAUGAGUACAUUGAGUACCAAGCCAGCAGAAAUGAAGAAGUUGAAAAUAAGGUUGGUGAAUUAAAGGCCUUAGAAUUGAAAUACGCUGAAGAAAAGGAAAAGUUGUUGGGUGAAAAACAAGAAAACCAAGACCGCAUAGAUGCUGAAGAGAAGGAAUUGAAUGAUAGUCGCAGCAAGGAAUUAAAGGAAUUACAAGCUGAAAAGGAUGAGAUUUUGAAACCAACUUUAGACGAAUUGGAAGAAGAAAACACCAAAUUGGAAGCAAUUGUCAACUCCAAAAAUGAAAUUGCGGAAGAAGUUGAAAAGCUGAAGGCUUUGAAUGAGGAAUAUGACGCCAAAUUAGCUGAAUUGACCAAUAACUUAGAAAAAGUUAAAAUUGAAAUCGAGGAAUAUACCAUGGAGUUAGAAUUAUCUACUCAGAAACACGAGGAAACCUCAAAAGAAGUGGAUAACUUACGUCAAACUUCUAUUGAUGAAUUGAAACAAGCAGAAGAUUCCCACAAGGAAUUAGAUUCUAAGAUUAGCGAAUUGGACGCAACUAAGAGCAAGCAUUUAGAAGACAAAGUUUCCCAGAGAAAAGAAAUCGAAUCCCACCUUGAUCAAAGAGUCAAGUCUGAGCAUGAAAUCAAUAAGGAAUUACCAGAACAUUUACAAAAAGACAUUGAUGAAGAUAAAUUGAGGGAUACGGGUUCCUUAUUCGACGAACCUAAAUUCGAGGAUGACGAAGAAGAUGAAGCCGAGACUCCUCAACCAGCAAAGUCUAAGUCAGUAGGGGUCUCUGGAGUCAAGGAAAUUCCAUUAGUUGAUGACAAAGAAUUGGAAACUGGAGCUGUUGUUCCUAGCAAGUCUAAGUCAGAAGCUAAGUCUAAGGAUACAGAAAAGAAGAGUAAAUCUGCAGCUGGCACAACCGCUAAGGAAUCAAAGAAGACCGAGUCAAAGACCUCUAAUACAAAGUCACCAGCCAAGGCCAAACCUGCUUCUAACCAAGCUGCCAAUGAAUCACCAAAGAAAUUGAGUGGUUUUAAGAGAUUCACUAAGUACUUUUCUGGACAUGAAGAACAACCUGCAUCAGCCAAGAAAGCAGAACCAAAGUCAACCAAAAUAGAUGAUAAAACCAAACCUGCCACUAGUGCUGCAAAGUCUGCAACCAAAGACUCUAAAUCAUCCCCAGCUAAAGACACUUCGAAGAGCGCUUCGAAUACUUCUGCUAAGGAUGCUUCGGAAGACAAACCUAAAGUUGCUGAUAAAGUAGAUGACAAGUUGACUAAGAAGGAAUCUGAAGGAAGUGCCGAAGAUAUUGAUGAUCUUUCUUCUAGUAAGAAUCAAGGUGGAGUCUUCAAAGAAGAAAUCUAA